AGAGUAUCAAAACCUGCGCUCUCGUAAUUAGAAUUAGAAAAACAACGCAGCUCUCGCUCUCUCUCUCAGUGCCAUUUUGGAGGGGAUGAUGGUGGCGGCUCAAAGCUUUCUCCAGAGCACAGAAGCUGCAGAUAUGGCUCAGCUUCAAGCCACCAUGCAAGCUAUUGAACUCGCCUGCGGUGCUAUUCAGAUGCAUGCCAAUCCAGCUGCUGCUGAAGCAACCCUAUUAUCACUAAGCCAAUCUCCUCGUCCGUACCGGACAUGCCAAUUUAUUUUAGAAAACUCUCAGUCGCCCUAUGCAAGGUUUCAGGCUGCAGGAGCAAUUAGAGAUGCAGGAAUACGGGAAUGGGGCUUCCUUGAGACGGAUGACAGAAGAGGAUUAAUUAGUUUCUGCUUAUGCUUUAUAAUGAAGCAUGCCAAUUUACCUGAGGGUUUUGUCAUAGGGAAGGUUGCAUCGGCUGCUGCCCAGUUGCUGAAAAGGGGGUGGCUCGAUUUUACAGCUUUGGAGAAGGAGGCAUUCUUCCUUGAGGUGAAACAAGCUGUUGAUGGAACCCAUGGUUUGGCUGUGCAAUAUUCUGGAAUCAUUUUUCUGGAAUCAUUGGUGUCAGAGUUUUCACCUUCUACAUCUACCGCUAUGGGCCUUCCUAGAGAAUUUCAUGAGCAGUGCCUUAUAUCUUUAGAGCAUGACUACCUGAAGGUAUUCUACAAUUGGGUACAACAUGCUGCUUUCCACGUGUCAAAUAAAAUUAUUGAAGCUGACUCUGAAGUUCCUGAAGUUAAAGUCUGUUCAGCAGCACUACGUCUGAUGCUUCAAAUCCUAAAUUGGGACUUCCGAGGCAAGAAUGUCGUUGACAGCUCAAAAAGGGGGAUGGAUUUGUUCCAGGGCGCGAUGAAGCAAGAAAGUUCUAGAAGGACUGAGUGCAUCUUAGUGCAGCCUGGUCCUGCCUGGCGUGAGAUGUUGAUUUCAAGUGGUCAUGUUGGAUGGCUUUCAAACUUCUAUACUGCUCUGAGGCAAAAGUUCUCCCGUGAGGGUUACUGGAUUGACUGCCCUCUUGCAGUUUUUGCUCGAAAACUUUUGGUGCAAUUUUGCUCCCUCGUAGGAUCAAUCUUUCCAUCUGAUAGUGGAAACAUGCAAAAGCAGCACCUUCUGCAACUGCUAGCUGGGAUUGUACAGUGGAUGGAACCUCCAGAUGCAGUUUCACAGGCAAUAAAAUUGGGAAAAAGUGAAAGUGAACUGUUGGAUGGCUGCCGUGCACUUUUGUCUAUAGCAACUGUGACUACCCCGCUCGUAUUUGAUGAGCUAUUGAAAUCUUUGAGGCCUUAUGGCACUCUUACUCUAUUAUCUGCCCUGAUGCGUGAAGUCUAUAAAGACCUCAUGGAAAAUCAAACAAAUGAUGAGACAUGGAGCUGGGUGGCACGUGAUAUUUUAUUAGAUACUUGGACGGCCCUUCUCCAGCAAUUGGAGGUUAGUGGACGAAAAGAUUUACUUCCGUCUGAAGGCAUUAAUGCUGCAGCCAAUCUCUUUCAAUUGAUUGUGGAAUCUGAAUUAAAGGCUGCUUCUGCAUCAGCCUUCAGUGAUGAUGAUGAGCCUAAUUAUGCUCAGGCUUCGAUUGCUGCUAUGGAUGAGAGAUUGAGCUCUUAUGCUCUUAUUGCUCGAGCAGCUCUAGGGUCUACAAUCCCUUUUCUCAGCAAACUUUUCUCAGAGCGUAUUAUGAUGCUUCAUCAGGGCAGAGGCAUAAGGGAUCCAACUGAAACUUUGGAAGAACUUUAUUCUCUCUUACUCAUUUCUGGGCAUGUUUUGGCUGAUGAAGGACAGGGUGAAACUCCAUUGGUGCCAAAGGAGAUAGAAAGUCAUUAUACUAACAUAAUGGAGGUAGAUAAACACCCAGUUGUAGCACUUUGUAGCACAAUUAUAGCAUUUGCUGAGCAAAGUUUAGAUCCGGAACUGAGAGCAUCCUUUUUUAGUCCUCGUCUCAUGGAGGCAGUUGUGUGGUUCCUUGCGAGAUGGAUGUCAACGUACCUAAUGAUACCUGAAGAAACUGGAGACAAACACUCCAAAAAUGCAUUGAUUAGGUUCUAUGGAGAAACUAAUCAUGGAAAAGUUGUGCUUGAUAUUAUCAUUCGCAUCUCUUCGAGCACAUUUGUUUCUUACCCUGGGGAGAAGGACUUGCAGGCACUCACAUGUUACCAGUUGCUUCACUCACUUGUAAAGCGAAGGAAUAUUAUUAAUCAUCUUGUCACCUUGGAUUCUUGGCGUGACUUAGUGAAUGCUUUCUGUAAUGAAAGAGCUUUGUUGUCAUUAAAUGCUACACACCAGCGAUCCCUGGCUCAGACACUCACCCUUUCAGCUUUAGGCAUUAAAAAUUCUGAGGCAUCAAAUGAGUUCAUCAGAAGUCUGACAAACCAUAUGACAGCUUACCUGGUGGAAUUGUCAAGCAAGAAUGAUCUCAAAAGCAUUGCUCAGCAGCCUGAUAUAAUUUUGUUGGUUAGUUGCUUGUUGGAGCGACUUCGGGGAGUUGCCAGAGUUUCAGAACCUCGUAUACAGAAGGCAAUUUAUGAAAUGGGAUUCUCUGUUAUGAAUCCUGUUCUGAUCUUUCUUCAAGCAUACAAAGAUGAGUUUGUAGUUGUCUACCUUCUACUCAAAUUUGCCACUGAUUGGGUGGAAGGCCAAAUUAUCUACUUAGAGGCUAAAGAAACUGCUGCCAUGGUUGACUUCUGUAUGCGUUUGCUUCAGUUAUACUCAUCUCACAACAUCGGCAAGAUAUCAGUUGGCCUUUCAAACAGUUUACGCAAUGAAGCAGAUGCAGAGAAAUAUAAGGAUUUGAGGGCGAUUCUACAACUUCUCUUCAAUCUAUGCUCAAAAGAUAUGGUUGACUUUGCUUCCGAACCCAUUGAGACUUAUGGUACAAAUAUUUCUCAGGUAGUAUAUACGGGUCUGCACAUAGUAACUCCUCUGAUAACUCUGGAGCAGCUUAAAUUUCCUAAACUUUGCAACAGUUAUUUUGGUCUAUUAUCACAUAUGCUGGAGGUGUAUCCUGAAAUAAUCGUACAGCUAAACGUUGAGGCCUUCAGUCACAUACUUGGAACUCUUGAUUUUGGUCUUCAUCAUCAGGAUAUUGAAGUAGUGGAUCUGUGUCUAAGAUCUAUAAAAGCAAUUGCAUCGCACCAUUACAAGGAUAGAGUUGCUGGUAAAAUUGGACUCGGAUCACAUGCUUCGAGUUACAAGGACCCCGAGGGAAAUAUCUGUGAAGGGAUUCUCAGCCGUUUCCUUCGCUCACUGCUGCAACUUCUUCUUUUCGAGGAUUACAGCGCUGAUCUUGUGGGCUCGGCAGCAGAUGCACUCCUGCCAUUGAUACUAUGUGAACCGAUUACUUAUCAGAAAUUAGCGAACGAGCUGAUAGAAAGGCAGAGGAAUCCAACAUUCAGAUCGCGGUUAACAAAUGCUAUCCAGGCUCUCACAACUUCCAAUGAUCUCUCUUCAACACUUGAUCGACUAAACCACCAGAAGUUCAGAAAGAACCUGCACAGUUUUCUCAUAGAAGUUCGUGGAUUCCUUCGCACAGUUUAAAGACUUUCCGGCAGCAACCAUAUAUGGAGAUCGAGUAUUUUGCUGGAAGCCCCGUCUCACUAAAACCUGGUAACUCUACGAACUUGCUUGUGAUACGGACUUGCUGGUAGAAGCAUUGCAAAAAAUCGACAUCUGAAGGUUUUGCAAACGAUCCAUAUGCCAUAACAGAUGCUUUCGGAGCUUUUCAUGCUUCUCAGAGCCAUUUCGUUUCAAUUCACACUUUUGAA